AUGAGAACUUAUCUUUUGUCAUUUAGUAGGGAAGGAAUUUCUAUCCCUGCGUGAUAUCAUCCCACUAGAUCCUGGCAGAAAUCCUUCCCCUCCCCCGCAGGAAAGUCUUGCAAAGGUGGUUGGGCUUUCUGACUCCGGCUCAAUUCCUUGAAGGCAGCUCUCAAUAUCGCAGUGGUAUUUGAUGUCUUACAGGCACAUAAGGUUUUGCACUGCUCUAUUCUCCAAAUCUCUGGCUUACCAUUAAACCCUAGAAGCAAAAAUCAUUUCCCAAGGUUCAACGAGAAAACUCCUAGCCGAUAUAUAUCAAGUAAACUUUAUCUGCUUCUCUGCUUGUUGAAAAAAUUGCGCCAAGGUGUCGGUAGUCGUCUUCGCAUAUUAAUUUAUAUAAGAGUUAAAAAUUAA